AUGUCGCAAUACCAGCGCAGCCCGACUAAAUAUAAGAGCCAGCCCGGGUUGUUCAAAGACGGCCUGUGGCACUGCGAUUGCCACCUUCGCCCGCCCGCUGUCAAGUUCCAGGUCAAGAAGGAGGGGAAAAACCAUGGCCGAUGGUUCUAUACCUGUCAAAAACAACCGCCUCAGAAAUGCGGCUUCUUUCUAUGGGAGAACGACGCAGAGAUUCGCGCAAAGUCCGUCAACCUCUCUAACUCUCGCUCUGAACAUGAUCCCCGCGAUUCCACCCCACGAACCCCAUCGAAGAGCACUCAAAGCCAAGGCGGUCUCCUCACUCCACAGACCGGCCAUCGCGACUACUACGGCACUCCGCCCCGCCCCGCGCAGUCCUCCCCGAGGAGCGCCCGAGUAGCCCAGAUGAUGGCAGAGGAUACGGGAGACUACAGCGACACCGAGGAUAGCGAUGAGAUAGCCCAGCUGUUACUGUCCACGCAAGCCGCCGAGCAAUACCAGUCACAGUCCGACGUUGUCUACCCGGAGUUGCCAAACAAAGUACAGCGAACACCGACAACGUUCUCACCCGGCAAGCGCAAGCUCUUCGCCGCCCACGGAAGUCCGAAUGGCCGCGAAGAUCUGUUCAGCUCAACAGUGAUUCCAACGACUUCCUCGUCUCGGCCGACCUUGUCCAGCCGUGUGCCACCCUCUUCGGCGGAACUGUGCGUGACGCCCACGCCGACUAAAUACCACAACGUCCUCAGCUCGACCUCCGUCCCCCACAAGUCUGAGCUGGCACGCGAGGCCACCGCAAUUUUUGAAAAGCACGAUGUAGUCCUAUCGAACAAGGCCCUUGACGAGCUGGUCGAGCUGCUGAAUCGCCAUGACUUGAAACUGCAAGGUGUCAAUCGCGGUCGAGAGAUCACCCGGCUGGCUCUCAAGAAAAAGGAAGAGGAGCUUUCCAAGAAAGACGAUGAGAUUCGGUACUUGCAUGAGAGAAUCACGAAUCUGCAGGCCCAGAGAGAAUUGGAUCAGAAGCUCUUGGACUCGAUGAGCAGUGGGCUCAGCUGA